GAGCGGCAGGAUAACGAGGAGCUCCCCCGCUUGGUGUAUCGACCGCAUCUUCCGGGAUCUUGAUACUUGAUAUUCCCGCCCUCGAUACCGCGGACCGUCGUCCCCGCGUCUGAUAAACAACACACCCGGCGAACUCGAGUGGCAAGAUGAUAAGAGCAAAAUGAGUGAUCCUCUCAACACCAACGUAAUGGAGACCUCGUACGACCUCGAGUCCGAAAAGUCGAGUUGUCUGAAAGUAUCCUCGCCUAUGAACGUGGCGCGGCAGGACUCGGGCGUACCGGAGGAUCUCGCUUCGCCUCUCAAUGGAGAGGAAGAUCCAGACCUCACUAUGAACAGCGAAUGCAACAUUACCGUCAUCCACAUCACCGAGUCACAGAACAGCAAGACAAGCGACAAGUCGUUGGCCGAGAAUAAGGACAGCAAAGAUGGUAGUGACAGCGGCGUCGAGGGUUGCGCGACAGAAGUUCCAAGAGUGCGCAGUAGAAAUAGCAUCGACUACACGAGCAGUUAUGGCGGCGUGGACGAGGCCUCUUGCGACUCCAGUCUCGUAAGUUGUUGCUCGGUUUACGAGGACGCAUGCGGAUCCACGUUGCCGGAUGACGUACGGCUAGGUGCUACUGGUGGCGAAGGCACGAGCGAGGGUGGUAGCGAGAGCUCGUCCAUCGCCGGCAGUGUGUCUGUACGAACGAGUCGCAUAAACGUGAAGAGGACCGCGACAGCAAGUUCCAAUGCGACCAAAAAAAAAAUCACAAGCAAUACCGAGUCGCAGAAGUACACUCGCACAAAACCAACGAGUGCAACAUCGUGCGCGAGUUUGGGCGCAACGACGCCACGGUCCAAGUCGCGAACAGCAACACCUAGAAACAUAUUGACUAAGUCUCAAAGCGCGAGUAGAGAGCGAGAUCAUCGACCGCGAUCGAGGGAGAAACUGAAUUCUCGAGGAGACUCGAGUUCUUCACUCGUCGGAGAUGUUGCCAAGACGCCUGUUGGUAGCCGUGGUACGACGGCGUAUGGUUGUCGGUCCAGUAGCAACGUAAUGUCCAGUUCGAUAACCACUCCCACCGCAGCUUCCAUCGCGAGAACGAGGACGAGAGCGUUACCCGAUUCGCUGCCAUCCGCACUAACCACGGAGAUUAACAAGGAUCUGGCACAGCGCGGCGGGAGAAUCGUCAGGAGCGAUUCGUCGAGGUCGAGAACCGCAUCGAGCACGCGAGGAGUACGUACGCCAGCGUCCACACCAUCCGAGGAAACGAGAGCGAAGAUAUCGUCCUUGUCAACGACUCGCAGUCUGUGCGCGAAAAAUACCGCCUCACGUGCUGAUAAUAAAACUCCUAGCCAAGAUAACAAAGCGCUCGAUACUUACGCAACGUUACCGCGUAGGAACAGAAGUAAACUGACGAUCUCAAAAGCCGGAGAAAAGACGGAUAAGAUGGCGAGAAGUAGAUCCGGGAGUAGAGACGUCAGUCUCAGCAGAAUCAUUGAGAAAAAGAAUGUCAUGGGGAGAGAUUCGUCUUCCGUUCACAAAAGCUUGCCGCCAUAUCCUAGACAAAGAAUUGUCGAGAAAACCCGUAUAUAUCACGAGACCAGUGCACAGACUGGCUUGACCGGACAAGAUAUUGAAAAAGCGAUGUCCGGACAACCGAGUAUUAUCACCGGGCCUGAGGUUAUCGAGAGAUUGCAUAAGGAUUGCCAAACAGAGGAUACGUGGGACGAUAUGCAAACCUUGCAGGAUACGUUGAAACGUUUGAACGAGGAAAGCGGGAGUCUGCGGGAAGAAAAUGAGAAAUUAAAACUUCAGUUAGCUGAAACAAAUCGUCUUCUAGAAGAAGAAAGAGCCGAUCACACGUUUGCACGUCAGGAACUUGAUAGGAAUGCCCAGCGCAUACUGGCUAUGCUGCCAGGCACGCCGCAAUCGGAACAUGCAGAGGGCAGCGAUAGCUUCCUCGAGCUCGAAUGUCAUAUACAAUCAUCAGGGCAAGUCGUUGCUAAUCAGCAAAUUGAAAUAGCUGAUCUACAAUCACUGUGUCGUAUGUUGAGCAGGGAUUUGGAUAAAAGUCUAGCCGCGCAGAAAGCCUUGCUACAACAGCAACAAGAAUUGGAAGCCGAAUCUGCCGAGAUGCAAGAUUUCCUCCAAGAGGAAAAGGCUACUUUGGCAGAUGCACUUAAGGAUGCCGAAUUAGAGCUCAAGAAGAAAGGAGAAGCUUUAACUCAAAAAGAUACAGAAUUAGAAAGACAAAUGGAGGAGUGUAAGCAUUUAGUGCGAAUUAGCGAACAAAGAAGGCAAGAGAAUUUAUCAAUGAGUCUAAAGUUGAAUGCAGUCGAACGAAGAAGUAGAGAACUUUUACUCACUCAGGGUGCUGCCAUGUCUGGAGCAGCUGUAGCUCUUUCCGGACUUAGUACCAGAUUGGAAGGAUUAGUAGAUCAAUUAAUUGCUUCUUAUAAUAUCUCAGUAAAAGAUCUUGAGGAUGUCAUAUAUCAUAACGAAGCAUACAGCAGAAGUAAUAGUAGCGUGGAGUCUAGUCCAGUUAGCUCUAAGCAGAGUUUAAAAGAACGCACACCGAGCCCAAAGAGUGGAUCUUUCGUUUCCGCGGUUAUCUGUGCGAUUCGAAAUGCCGCGACGCAUCCCUUCGCUGCGAGAAACAAUAUCGAUAAAAAAUCCAGUCUGGAUUCGUCUAAACAAAUUUAUAAAGAACUAAGUAUGGAAUCAUCUGAUUUGCUCGAUUUUGAAACCGAACCAUGUUUGAUGAUGGAAAGCGUUUUGGAAGACGUACCUUUGCCAGAUACAUACUCGCACAAUAUGGUAUCGAGCAGCGAUUCUCUCCGCAGAGCACUGAGUUUCCCUGAAACGUCAGAUGAUCAUAAUAUAAGGAAGACAAAGUACGGCGAUGAGUGUACCAGUCUCACGAAUCUCACUCAGGCGAUUUUGCAUCGUCGUAAGGUGGAAGACGAGGGUGAAGAUGAUUGCGAUUCUGUGAGCGAAUCUGACACCGGAACCAACGAUGGUCCUGUACCUUUGACGGAUUAUUGUCCAUCUGUGGAUCUUGUCGAUCAAGUGAUCGAGGUGGACAAUCUCGUUACCAAACUUCUGAAAGUGCUACGCAUCAUACAACUUGACAAUGACACGUGUAUACAAGAACUGAAAGAAGAAAGGUCUAAUUUGGAGAUAAAAUUGGAAGCUACCAUAACAGAGCUGAAUGAGCUUCGCAAGAUUAUCGAUAACCUCCAUCAAUCACCGGAAGAAGUCCUGAACAAUGUGCCGGAUCGGCGACGUAGCGUCGUGGAGAAUUGUCGGAUUUUGCUCAAAGAGGUAAUAGCCGGCGAUGUCGCCGAUACAUUUUUAUAGUGUGCUUCUUCGACGCUACUGCCAUAUAUCUACGAUAUAAAAUACUGACUUUCGUGAAAGAAAUGUCGAAUGGUUUUCCGUAGGUGGAUAAGAGAGGAAUUAAAAUUUGAUAAGGCCGUACUUGUAUUAUUGAUAACAAUUUGACGAUAUAGACUGAGGAUCUCGAUCUAAUCGAGGUGACUUUUGGUUAAUAUUUUAAAAUAUCUUAUUAAUUUCUUAUAUACAUUCUUCUCUUAUUAUCAAUUAUUUUAAUUCUUAAGAAUAUCUAUGUCAAUUUUGAAAGUCUGAAUUGUUAUAUUGAAAACAUCGACGAACGUUUUAUUAUAAAAAUGGGAUUUCUAAUUUCGACGUAAAUAAAUUUAAAAAAAUUUAGUAGCAUGUGAAUUUUUGAAUAUUUUUUUAUGACUGCGUAUUUUUUGUGCGCUUUGUAAUGAUAAUUUCAGGCUGAAUAUAGUAUUGUACAUGUGUAUAUUAGUAUGAUGUUAUACGUCGAGAUUGCGAAGAAACAAAUUUGAAUGAAUACAGGCUCGUCGCUGUUUCUAAAAUAAUUGUACUAAGAACAUGACUAUUUAAUGAAUAAAUGAUUCUGGUUAACAUUGCAAUCAAUUAUGGCUGACUAGCGUAGCAUGUAGAAAGAUAUCAAAAGAUAUUUAAUAUUGCUGAUUUUGCUUUGUAUUUUUUUCACCAGUAUUGAGCAAAAUACUUUCACGAGUAAUGAAUAACGAUUUUAAAUAUAUACAUAUUUGUAAAUGUAUUAGCGUAUAUAAAAUAUAUGUUUUAUAUGCCUAAAUUAUAUUUAUCUAUAUCUAAAUAUUAUAUAUUUAACAUAUAUUUGAAUACAUUAUGUAAUACGCUGAUAUAUUUUUUUGAAAAUACAGAAUUGUAAAUCAUUAUUCGUUAUUCCUGAAUAUAUUGUCGAAUACUGAUUAUUCACUGAAUUGAUAGUAGAAUUUUUUAUUCAGUAUAUAAAACAAUUCUUGAUAACGUGUGAAAUUAUUAGAUUUAUAAAUAAAAGAUUGUUUUUAAGUACACCUUUCAUUCGAAAUAGACAGGGUACAUAUUAAAUAAUAGUAUUUAAUAGAAAAUACGGGUGCAAGGUAUUAUCAUAUAAAAUGAAGGAAUAGAAUUUCCAAUAUCUUUUCAUGUCUUCGAUCAUGCAAUACUUAUAUUACCAUAAUCAAUUUGUGACAUCCAAGAAGAUAGUGAAAUAUUUUAUGAUAAAUCUCAUAGAUAUAAAAAUUGAGUUUUUCAAUAGGUAAGGACUAGAACAAAACAUUUUGCAAUUAUUUUUGUGUGUUUGUGUACGUAAUUUAUUUCUUUUAUGAAUAUAUAUACGUUAAUAUCGAUAGGAUUUGUUUAUAAUAAAUCUCAGAGAAAGUUGAGAUUUAUUAUCAACAGUAAUAUAAACGAGGUUUCCUUUAUCAAAAUGGAACUUUGCUUUAACUUGAACAUAAUUUUAAACAUAGAAACAUUGUGAUGAUACACCAAACAACAACACAUAUGUAUUUUAAUGUUUAAUCCAAUAAAUUUUCAUAUCUUAAGAAAGACACAAAUAUAUAUAAUUAUAUUAUAUUAUAUUAUAUUAUAUUAUAUUAUAUAUAAAAUAUUUUACAUGUAAUUAAAGCAGAUUAUAUCACGUAAAUGCGAGUGUCAAUAUAAGAAAUCGCGACUAACAUUACGAUUGGUUUACAAGCAUAUGAGAAGUAAGUGUGUACUGUGACGCUAAAUCAAAACGAAAUUAUGGCUAAUAACAAAGCAAAUAAUGCAUUUAGCUCGUUUAACAUGUAAAUACAUAUGUGGAAAUAUACUGAAACACAAUUGCCUGUUACAUUGUGCGGAUAAGGUUAGUGAAAUCGUUAUUUCUGUAAUUUCAUGUAUUUUAAAAGCCAUCUUUUAAGUUACAGAGAAAUGCGUGCGCCGAAUAACGCUAAUAUUAGCGCGUCCUUUUAUUGAUAUUUAGACACUAUAUAAAUGCGUGGUACGACAUUGAGUCGGUCAUCUACUAUAUACGUUACAUUCUACGAAUACUCGUCCAUCAUCCCUGUAGAUGCAGAUAUCCUAUCCCUGUGAAGAAAGUAUAAUGCUUUUUAAACAUUUUAUUUUUAAUGGUUGUAGUUUGUAAAACAGAAUGCGCACGCUGUAAAGGGAAAGGAAAAUACCGUUUUCUUAUGCUAUAGGCAGUAUUGGAAUUGCAUCAGGGAGUCGUUUUAAUGCACGCUCAUGCCUCGCACAUGACGUAUGCUACGUAUAAAGGGCGCCAAGAAAUUCGCCAACCGUACAGCUGGUUGUCUGGAACAUAAAAAGAGUCACGUCGAGAAAGAGUGUACACUAAAUUAUUUUUAUAAUUAAAAUGUUGAAGAUUACGCGUGGUACCAGAUAAGAUCACAAUUAAGAUUGAAAUAAUUAUAAUUAAUGCCAAUAAAAUUAAUUAUCAGGGCAA